UCGUCCUCCGCGUCCGACGACGAGCUCGCGUCGAUGGCGUCCGAGGAGCACGACGCCCUCGCGUCCACCGUCCCCGCGCUGGAAGAGAAGCUCGCGCACCUUCUCCUCCCGAGCGACGACGCGGACGACGGCGGCGCGAUCCUCGAGAUCCGCGCGGGCGCGGGCGGGGACGAAGCCGCGAGGUUCGCCGCGAACUUGGCGCGCAUGUACGACAUGUUCGCCAGGCGCCGCGGGUGGACCUUCGAGCGCAUGACGGCGACGACGACGGACGAGGGGGGGUACAAAGACGUCACGUUCAACGUCUCGGGGGACGACGUGUACGGGACGCUGAAGUACGAGAGCGGCGUGCACAGGCGCGUUCGACGAGUCCAGCGCGUGUCUGGGGACGAGGGCAAGGUGCACACGUCCACGGCGUCCGUCGCGGUGAUGCCGCACGCGGAAGAGGUGGAGUUAGACUUGCGCGACGAGGACGUGCGGAUAGACACGAUGCGCGCGUCCGGCGCGGGAGGGCAGCACGUGAACACGACGAACAGCGCGGUGCGAUUAACGCACGUCCCGAGCGGCACGGUGGUGGUCAUGAUGGACGAGCGGUCGCAGCAUAAGAAUAAAGAGAAGGCGUUUAAGAUUUUGCGCGCGCGGAUCUACGAGGGACUGCGCGCGGAGGCGCACCGCGAGCGCGCGGAUCAGCGGAAGAGUUUGAUCGGCAGCGGCGAUCGGAGCGAGCGCGUUCGGACGUACAACUACAAGGACGGCAGGGUGAAGGACCACAGGGUGAACGCGCAGGUGAACGAUUUGGAAGGGCUGCUGAACGGCGGCGACGCGUUGUCGGACAUCGUGGACGCGUUGCGAACGGAAGAGAAGCGCCGGGCGCUGCUCGAGUUC